AUGACAAAGCAAAGUGAUGAGCGUGUUGAGGAUGGAACGGAAUUAGAAAAUGGACAGAACUUGGGUAUUGGAAAAAUAAAUAUAGAGGAAGAAAAUUAUGAAUAUUUCAACAGUAAUCAGGUAAAAGAAAAUGAAGAAUUAAAUAUGACUACUGUAGAAGUUUCUGAACAUUUAGAUAGUCAAACUGAAGAAAUAAAAAAAAUGGAAAAAAUUGUAAAUGAAAUAGAUGAAUCUGAAAAAGAUGAUGAGUAUUUAGAAAAUGUAGAAGAAGGGGAAUCUAUUCAGUCCCCUAACUCGAAUAAAUCUAGUGAACCUGGCGAACCUGUCGAAAGUUCUGACAAUGACAAUGACAAUGACAAUGAUAAUGAUAAUGAUAAUGAAGAAAAUACAAUAAUAUCAAAUAAAUCUGGACAAAGUGAUAAUAUAAUGGAUCAAGAAGUCUCAGAAGAGGAUUGUUCACAAAAUGAAGAAGAAAGUGAUGAGGAGGUUGAAGAGAACUGGGUAGAAAUGAAACCCUGUAAUGAAAAUAGCAAACAUACAGAUGUAAAAAUAGAAACAGUGUUUGAAAAUGGUGUAGAUAAUAAUUAUGGAAUAGCAGAAGAAAGUGUGUGUAGUAGUACAGGGUUAGAAAAAUGUGAAGAACAAAUUGGAUUUUCAAACAAUAUGAAUGACAAAAAAAAUGAAUAUAAUAUUAUUAAUGUGAUAAAUAAAAAAAUAUCUAAACGUAAGAACAGCUUUUUAAACUUGUUUAAAAAAAAACCCGCUUUAAACACACGAGAAAAUAUUGAAGAAGAUAAAAAUUGUAAUAAUCAAAUGGGAUAUUAUAAAGAAAACAAUUUAUUUACUAGCGAACAUGGUGAAAACAACAAAAGUAAUGGUAAUAAUUUAAAUGAAAACGAGAUUGAGAAUCCUAAAAAGGAAACAAAUGUAUCAAUAGAUAGUAGUAUUGGGUUAAGAAGUUUUGAUUCUAAAUAUAAUUUUACAGCAUUACAAAAUAAUGGAAAUAAUGAAAAGGAUGAAGAUUCAGGUAAUAUUAGAUAUUGUAUACAGACAAGUGAUAAUUUAAUUUUAGAUGUAAAGGAAGAAAGAAUUGGAAUAAUAAAUUUGAAUAAUAGACAAGAAGAUUUUGUAAAAAAUAAUAAACAAAAUAAUGAAGCUUAUAAUAAUAAUAGUAUGGAAGAUAAUUUUACUAAUGGAGAAGAAAAUAAAUUUCGAGUUUUGACAACUAUAUCAAGUGCUUCAGCAUCUAUAAAAAAAAUAUACAGCUUUGAUAAAAUCAAAUCAUUUGUUUCUAAUAAUACAUAUCUAAGAAAAAAAACAAGUACCCUCUUAAAAAAAAAAUCACAAAUAUCAAAAGAACUUCAUUUUUUUUGUUAUAAUUAUAAUAAUUUAUUAUGUUUUAUAUUUUAUAUAUUAUGUUUUGGAUUUAUAAUAUCCUCUUUAUAUUAUGAUUCAUGGAAAAGACAUGAAAUUAAAUUAAAAUCAGAUAACAUGAAAAAAGUUGUAAACAUAAAUAUUGGAAGUACAACUAUUAAAAGAAUACAAAAAAUUAUUAACAGUAAUGGAGAUGUAAUAUAUUCAAUUGAUAAAGAUCAAAAAAUGGAUUCAUUAUUAGAACACCCAUAUUGUAAAAAUAUUGAAAAACCAGAAUUAGAAAAUUUUUUAAUAGAUUUAGCAUCUAAAAACCAAUUAAAAAAUAAUGAAAAAGAAAUAUUUAAUUCUCAAAAUAAACUAGAUGAUUCUUUUUUAUUACAAGCUUUAUUAAAUAUCGGAGAUGUUGGAUUGCUAACAGAUGAGAAAAUUAUUUUAUCACGUAAAUAUAUUUUUGGAUCUACUAUAUAUAAUUUAGAAUGUAAAUUUUUAAGACGAUUAAAAAAAGCAGGAAUAUUUCAUAAAAUAUUAUUAUAUGUUAUAUUAGUAUUCUUAUUUAUAUCUAUAUCAAUAUUAUUAUUUAUUAUUAUCAAAUAUAAAUCUAUAAAUAAUAUACAAAUACUUAAAUAUAUUUCAUUUGUUUUAGUUAAUUUUGCUCUUAUCACAUUAAUAUCAACAAUGUUUUCUAUAACCAGAGAAUAUAAUAUACCAUUAUGUGUGCAAGUUGAUGGAAGUUCAGACAUUUGUAUUGAUGGGCGAUCAAUCUAUUUGAUCCGUGCUUCAAUUAUUUUAAUAAUUUUUUCAAAUUUAUUUUUUUGUAAAUUUAUAAACAUUAUAAAUAACAAUGUAAUGGAUGAUGUAGUCGUCUAA